AUGCCGCCACUCAAGUGCAGAACUGUCUUUCUCAAGAUACUCACAUACUUCAUAGAAGCUUUUCGUUCAUUACUCACAUUUUUCACCUUUUCCAAACAUGCUUCUUUCCAUCCCGCCGCGAACGCGUCGGAUAUCGAGGAGGGCAUUAUGAAGGAAAAGGGAUUCAUAUCCGUCAAUCAAUGUUCACCGGUAUUCGAAACGGUGACAGAGAUCCAGUUUCCUCCUACCUUGGUGUCCAACGCCCUCGAAGGAGAUUUGGUCGAAGUCAGCCUCUCACAGGAGGACAUCGCAAAAAACAUUGCAGAUCAGAGCGAUACCUCUGUUGGUCAGCAGCGCCUUUUCGAUUCGGAAGCACUAAAGUCUGCAUUUGCAUCCAAGAAAUCCAAGCUCCUAGAUAUCCUCGACCAGUUCCCUCUUCCACCCCCCUCAAGACCGCCUUCGAUAGCUUCGACAUGCACCACAGCCCGCAGCCCAACCACAGUGCACUCCCCGCUCCAACCGUGUCUCCUGGCCGAAUCCAACCCACCAACCACGCCCAUCCCAUUCCCAAUCAUAGAUGCCAAUCCCCACAGUCAGACUGAAAAGCCAGAGGCUGAAAUUAAGAAGAAGCGGAGAUUGACGCUGCGCAAGGUCCCGAGCGCUCCUAACCUGGACGCGAAGCGUACUCCUAGAAAACUGGUGAUUUCCCUGCCGUUGACCCAUAUCCCUAAAGCGAGCACCGAUCUUGACGCGAAUAUCCCUCCUGUUCCACCUAUCCCUUCUGGACACGUAGAUUCUGAAGUGACUGGAACUGUGGCCAGUGAACCUCUUGAGACGAUGGACCUAAACGAACUUGAACGACCACGCUACCCGACAUCUCGUUCACCCACUUCUUCUCCCAUCUCCCGCCGCUCUUCUCUCGUCUGGUUUGCCGAUGGCGGGUCGAGUAGCCACGGACACUCCAGCGAAUCCCAGUACACCUGCGCCGACACCACAUUCACCUCCAAAGUGGCUACCCCUCCUCUCCCUUCUAGUUCUGGAUGUGCCGACUCUAGCAUUGUCAUCACCUCGGCGACAAGUCCUGCUCUAGGUUCCAAUACUGGUCACUCUGAUUCUGGGAACGGUGCGACAGCGAUCUCAGGAUGGAACAAAUCGAAGGACCAAAAGCUCGCCAUGACUCGAUCAAUGACGGUAACACACGGCCUGAGCCUCCCGCCACCAUUCUUGCUCGCAACGUCCACAUCUGCUCCAUUUCCCAAACCCCAGCCUUCAUCUACCCCGCUCCAUCCUGCUCUUGCUCCUAGAAUUCCCGGGACACCGCUCUGGACACCUCCACCACCGAACAACCACCACGAAUGGAUCAAAGACUGGCGAGACGACAUGUACACUGUGCUUCAGGGAUUCAAGGAAGUUAGUGUGGAGAUGCAAGAAGAUAGUUUCCGAAACGUGUUCGAUGGCGAUGCCUCAGCUGAAUCUGCUUCUGCCGUUUCAUCCGUCGACAGUGGCUACAUGUUCGCUUCUCCCUCCGAUGUUCUAAACCUCUCCUCGCCAUCCGACAUUCUCAACGUUUCGUCCCUGCGGUACGAGGAAGGCUCUUCCCUCGAUGAUAUGGUGAUGGGUACCAGCAUGAUGGGGGCGAGGAACAUGAAGUAUUAUUCGGCCAGUUCAGAUUCGAGCUUCGAUAGGAACUGGGAACUCAAGGGGGCAACGGAGAGGAGGGAGAAUAGCAGCGAAGACCGGGCUGAAGAGCGGGAUGGAAACUGGAUGGAGGGACCAGGACUAGGAUAA